ACUGGGCGGUACGUUUGUGUGAAUCCAUGGCAAGUUAAGUCAGGGCGUGUUCUGACUUUCGGUGAAAGUAUUUCAAGAGUUCAGAUUUCAUAUAAAAACCGUGAGUUGACCAGAGGAUAGCACACUCCAGUCACCAUUCGAAUCUGCAACAUGAAGUGCUUCCUAGUCUGUUUGUUGGCCGUUUCCGCCAUAGCCGCCGACACCACCAAGUCGGCUGCGACAAAGAACCCGGCGAAACGUGGAAUAUUGGGUGCGGGUAUCGUGAACUCUGGCUAUUCUGGUAUCUCUGGUCUUUCCGACAUUUCUGGCUACUCGAACAGCCUGGGAUCGUCUCUCAGCUAUGGCAACUCCCUGGGUUCUUCCUACGGCUACGGCGUUGGUUCCAUCGGCUCUCCUCUGGGUGUCGGCAUCGGCAGUAUCGGUACCAUCGGCGCCACAAACAUCGGCAGGAACGAGCGCAUCACCGGCAUCACUGUGAACCGUGAAGUCCACGUUCCCGUCGCCGUACCUCAUCCUGUACCAGUCGAAGUGACGCGUGCUGUUCCCGUUCCUCACCCCGUUCCGGUCCGAGUCGACCGUCCCUACCCCGUCCCCGUCCCGCAACCGUACCCCGUUGCAGUGACCCGUAACGUCCCGGUCCGCGUCGACCGCCCCUACCCGGUCCCCGUACCCCAUCCCGUCGAGGUCCGUGUGCCCCAACCAGUCCCGGUCCCAGUUUCGGUCCCCCAGGCUGUCCCGGUCCCGGUCUCCGUCCCUCAGCCGAUCGCAGUCCCCGUCAGCAUCAACAGCGGAAUCAACACCGGACUUGGAGUAGGUUUUAACUCCGGUAUUGGAUACUCUUCCCUGGGAUCUUCUUACGGUCUUGGAGGAGCUUCUUUGGGAUCUUCUUACGGCCUUGGAGUAUCAUCUCUGGGAUCUUCUUACGGUCUUGGAGGAGCUUCUUUGGGAUCAUCGUACGGCCUUGGAUCAUCCUUGGAUCAUCAUCGUACGGUCUUGGAUCAUCUUCGUACGGUCUUGGCUCUUAUGGAUCGGGCUACGUAUCCCACAAGAAGUGGUAGAGACGCAGCGCACAUACUCCCCCCCCUGUAUCUUAAGACUUGAUUACCAACGCUCUUGAAUCUAUGUCGAUCGCUACGGAUCAAUUUAACAUGAAUUAAAUAAAUCUCUAUUUUUUCAAU